AUGGCGGACACGGUGCGCUACAUCAUGGAGGAGAUGACUCCGGAGCUCGAGGACCUGGUCAAGCGGCGCUUCUUCACCACGGAGGAGGUCAAGAGCAUCGCGCGGAAGCGGAUGGACUUCGAGUACAACCUCAAGAGGCGGGCGGCGUUGCGGGAGGACUUCGUGCGGUACAUCGACCACGAGAGGAAGCUGGAGGAGCUGCGGAAGCUGCGCAGGAAGCAGCGCAGUCUGGGCGGCAAGAAGACGCUCGCGGACUUCGCGAUUCCGCGGCGGAUACACUUCAUAUACCAGCGGGCGCUGCGGAAGUUCCGGGGCGACCUCUCUCUGUGGAAGCGCUGGUUCGACUACUGCAAGGCAACAAAGGCGACCAAGCAGAUGUCCAAGGCGCUGACGAUGGCUCUGAAGCUGCACCCCAACGUCGCGGGCCUGUGGACGUACGCUGCCGCCUGGGAGUUCGAGCACGCGAACAACCCCAUGGCGGCACGCACACUCAUGCAGCGCGGGCUCCGAAACCUGCCCAGGAACGAGGAUUUGUGGGUGGAGUACUUCCGUUUCGAGCUCUUGUACGCACACAAACUCAGGGAGCGCAGGCGCCUCCUGGGCAUCACCGACGACGCGGACGCAAAGGGCCCAGAGUCCCAGGCGGCCACGGACAAGGUCCUGUCGGGCGGCGUGGCGCUCAUCGUCGCGCGCAACGCGGUGGCGGCCCUGCCUACCUCGGUGGCGCUCCGGAGGCGCAUGCUCGACGUGCUGACGCCGUUCGAGCUCCCAACCGCUGAGGUCGAGGAGAGCAUCUACGCAUCGCUGGAGCGCGAGGAUCUGAAGGAGAAUGUUGAGGCAAGGGCGCUGCUGGCACGUCGCGCGAUGGAGGCGGAGUCGGCGCGCAGGGGGGACUUGGGGGAGUCCUUCGACGCGGCGUGCGCCGCCUUCGACGAGACCGUGGCGUCCCUGGAGUUUGCGUCGCGCGACGUCAAGAGGGGCAUGUACAGCGAGUACGCCGCCUUCAUCUGCGAGGUCCUCUCGAUGGCCCUCGCGCAGCAGCAACACGGGGGCGCGGACCUGGCGGCCGCGGCCGCGGUGCGGGUCCUGGCGUGCUGUCGCGCCGCGGCCGACGCGGAGCUCCUCACGGGCGAAAUGGCGCGGGCGUGGGUGGCGGUCGCGCUGCGCAUGGGACGCGUCGACGUUGCACUCGACGCCGCCGCAGCCAGCUGCUCCGCGCUCCCGAACGCGCCGGAGCCGGCGAGCUUGCAUAUGGCUGUCCAGGGUCUCGCAGCUCUGGCGCAGCGCCGCGCCGACGGCGCGGCGAACGGCGCAGGAAGCGGCAGCGAUGACGAGGCCGCACUGCGGGAGACGGGGGCGUCGCGCGCGGUCGAGGGCGCUGCGAAGAGCGUCUGCCCCCGCGCGCACCCGGAGGUCUGGAUCCAGGCGUUCGUGCUCUGUUUGGACCUCGGGCUCCCGACGGGCGCGCUCCUACGGCACCUGGUACGGCACGUGGCGGACGGGGCCGCCGGGCCGCUGCGUGGGGGCCUCGGGGCGGUCGCGGCUGCUGCUCUGGACGUUGCGGACGCAACGGGUGGCGCUCAGGCGGUCGAGGAGCUGCAGAAGCGGUUCGUGGGCCUGCCGUCGCCCGGGGGGGACUGGCACUGGGCGUGCAUACGACAGGCCGAGCAGCGAGCCGCGGCCGACAUGGGGAGCCCGCAGCAGAAGGCGUCGCUCGCGCGUCUGAGGAGGACGUUCGAGGCUGCACUCGACGCGCACGGAGGCGAGGACGACGCGAUGUGGCUCGCGCUGUACCGGCACUGCCAGAAGCACGCGCCGGCUGACUCAGGGCACGUGCACUGGCGCGCGGUGCGGGCGCUGCACGCGGAGGCCGCCGAGAGGUUCGUCGAGGCGGCCAGCCGGCCGGAAGUCUGA